AUGGCGCAGAGUGACGUGGCAGCCGUAUGGAAUCCGGCGCUCAGAUCAGACGACAAUGCUACCCCCGUUCCGACUGGCCCGGCAAGUUUGGAGAUCGAUACCUCGAUAGAGGCCACCACCAUCCCUCUCGGCUCGCCUAUGGAGACACCGCAUGAAUAUUCGAUCAGCGACAUCGCUUUCCCGGAUUCCGACACUGCUGCCCCGCCGCAAGAAGCAGCUAGCCCGGAUAUGAUUGACACCCAGUCUUUGCCAAACCCCGAUCAAAUACCCGCUCGCGAUGAAGUGCCCGAAGCUCCCUCGGGCGAUGAUGAGACGACACCGGAGAUAAGCGACGACCAUGAGACCCCGGGUCUGGAUGCACCGCAGACGGAGUAUGCCCAGGACAAUGAGGAUGUGCCUCUGGAUGAUCCGAAGGACGAGGUAACGGAAGCCCAGGCUGCCCAGCCCCAAGCCGAGGAGUCUAUCCUGACCGAGGCUACCGCCGCGCAAGAUAUGGGUGUGGAGGAACAAAGUACUACACCUCACGCCGGCGAACAGGAUGCGACUGAACCCGCACAUACCAAUGGUGAGGCCCAGAGCGGCCAUGACAUUUGGGGAAAUACUGCCAAUGAGGAACCUGCGGAGGAUGAUUUCUUCAACCAGCUGAAAACACAGACGAAGCCCAUCUACGUGCCUCCGGAGAAUAAUGAAUCUCGUUUCGAAGAGGGCGUUCCAUUGCUGGAUGAUAGUGCCGAAUCGCCAGUUGAGCCGACUGCCGUAGAGGAAAGUCAGACCGAUAAUUUUUUUGCCGGCGAUGAUGACGAAGAUGAUGGGUUUUUCAAGGCUGUCCAGAGUGCUCCGCCUCCGGACGAAUAUCAAUCAGCGUCGCAUAUCACGCGCAAGAGCACCUUCCAAGUCAUGGACUCCCUCGGUGUUUCCUUGGACUCUCCGAUGAGCGAAGCGGAUCCUGCUGCGCAAGAGUUUGAUAAUGCUCUCGCUGCAGCAGCAACGGGUAACAGUAUAAAGGAGUCAUCUGAAGAGAAGCCGGCCGCGCAAGAUCUCGACAAUGUUCUAGCUGCUGCGGCUUCAGACGACAGUGCUGAAAAGCGAUCUCCCGAGGAGGAUCCUGCUGCGCAGGAGCUCGACAAUGUUUCCGCUGCCGCGACAACUAAUAACACCGUUGAGAUAUCAGCAUUUGAAGAGGACCCGGCUGCGCAGGAGUUCGAUAACGUUCUCGCUGCUGCGACAACCAACAACAAUGUUGAGAUUUCAGCUUUUGAUGAGGACCCGGCCGCGCAGGAGUUUGAUAACGUUCUCGCUGCUGCGACAACCAAUAACAAUGUUGAAAUAUCAGCUUUCGAAGAGGACCCGGCUGCGCAGGAGUUCAAUAAUGUUCUAGCUGCAGCAGCAACGGAUAAUACCGUCAAAAAGUCAUCUUCUGAAGAGGAUCUAGCUGCGCGCUGGCAGGCCGAGCUUUCUGAAGAAGAGGCGGAGGUUGCUCCCUCCGAAGACGACUUGGCUGCGCGGUGGCAGAUGGAACUCGAUGAUGACGACGACCUACUUCUAGAGGAUGACAUCGGAGGAGCUACGACUGAACAGGCACCGACGAGCCAGGAUACCAAUGGGGCCACUGCCGGCGCUGCUGUCCCAGGAUUGAAUAGUCCUUUCGGGACCCCACAGUCUUCACAGUCUUCUGUCAGACCCAGUGCAACAGCAACUGCUUAUACGCCGCAUCAGCCGUCCACGUCGGAUUUGCUUCAAGGGAUCCCUGUGCCCGGUGCAGCGCCUCCUACAAACAUGGCCGCCUCUGCGGACUACUUUACGCAACCGCCGCGACCAAAUGUCACCGCAAACAAAGCAGAAAGCUUUGCCGAACGGGCAAAGGAAGGCUACAGGUCACCAUAUGAUCUCCCGGAGGAUCUCACACGACCUCGACGGCCUGUGGCUAGUCAUAAGCCAGUGGUUACACAGCCGGGUAUCACUCCACCUCCCCCACGAAGCAAUAGCAUUCCAGUUCCUCCGCCGUCAACUUCCAUGCCACCACCUUCCUUGGGAGCGCAGCCGGAUGGUGCACAAUCGACCGCCAAGGUAGCCGCUCCGAAGAACUUCUAUGAAGAGCUCCCUCUACCCCCGCCUCGGCCACAGUCUCGGCCAGCAAGCUCGGGACGGUAUACCCCUGGUGCCAACGCAAUGCCAUCCGCGCCAUCUCAUCCGCCUCCCCCGCCGGCCAAUCCAUAUGCUAGCCUUUCCACUGCUCCCCCGGCAGCGGCGGAUGCUUAUCCCCAGCCUCAAGUUCAGCAGCCCGAGCGGCUAGAUCCGUAUGCAAGCCUGUCCGCACCCGGUGCUCCAAGCGGCCCAGCUCCUCCUAGUGCUACUUCGAGGUACUCGCCGAAGCCACCUACUCUGCAAGCCGGAAUCAAACCUCCGUCUUCGCCUAGAUAUUCGCCGGCGCCUCCCCCGGCGACCGAUCCCCCGCCACGCAAUCGCUAUGCUUCUCAACCUUCCGCUCCACCCUCGCAGGGAGUUGCGCUUCCAUUCCAGCCUCGCACGUCAAGCCCUCUGGCUUACCAUGAGAAGGUCUCUUAUCGUCCUCAAGAGCAAUCAGAACAACGACGUUCCUCCAUGGAACAGCCAGCUAUCGUUCCUCCUAUUGAGGUACAAUCGCACCCGACUGGCCCUGCUGAGUAUUCCCCCAUUCAGCCGCCUGUAGCCGCGCACGUUCCGGAAGCUGUCAACAUCGGUGCCAGCGUGCAUCAAAUGUCGCAGCAGCCGAUGUCGCCUCCUAGGAACCAGUAUGCUCCUCCUGAUUAUGUUGACGAAUUCUCCAAACGCAUUGCCCCUAUUGCCAACGUUCCACCAGCGCCUGUGCUCCCAUCGGAUGAUCCGACCUUCGUUCCUCCGCGUAGGUCGCUGACACAGUCGCCAAGUCAGCAAACGCUUGGGCCGAGGUUGUCCGUGCCAUCUGUGGAUACCCUACAGAGGCCUGCAUCUGUUCAUGGAGCGGGGUCUCCCACCAAGGCUGUGAACCCCUACGCACCAGCUCCGAUGUCUGCACAUAACCGCGUCGCCUCUCAGUCACUGGACUUUAUCCCUCCUACCGAUGAUCAACAGUUCGAUCCCCUGGAGCGCUGGAAGGGGGCUCCUAUUGUCAAAUUUGGAUUCGGUGGCUCAGUCCUUUCCUGCUUCCCUAAGCAUAUUCCUCGAUACUCUGCCGGCCAAGCUAUUCCGAAGAUCAAGUCUACUCCUGGAGAGGUCAAGACCCAUCAACUCAGUCACUGGAUUCCUGUACCCGAUACUAUUGCGCGUCAUCCGGGGCCGCUGAAAUCCAAGUCCAAGAAGAAGGAUCUGCUUGCUUGGCUUUCUAGCAAGAUCGCUGCAUUUGAAAAUGAGGGCAUCCCCCAGACUGUCUACAUGCAUGCGGACUCACAGAAGAGAAGCGAAGAGAAGAUACUGCUGUGGAAGGUCGUUCGGGUCUUGGUUGAACAUGACGGUGUUCUGGAAGGAUCGCCUGAAAUUCUGAAGUCCCUACGCCAAAUCAUCUUCCCGCAUUUGCAGGAUGUUGACUCCACACAGCCCUAUGGUAAUGGCUUGCCAUCCUUUAGCACAACCCAGCCGUUGGAUGCUCCUUCUCGUCCCGAUGCCGCCGAUCCUCAAGCGGUUGAGAGCAUUCGCAACAGCCUUCUGGUGGGGGAGCGUGAAAAAGCCGUUUGGGGCGCUGUUGACCAUCGCCUUUGGGGACAUGCCAUGAUCAUAGCGUCAACAAUGGACAAAUCUGUGUGGAAGCAGGUUGUCCAGGAAUUCGUAAGACGCGAAGUGAGAUCUGCCUCUGGUAACACAGAAUCACUUGCAGCGCUCUAUGAGAUUUUUGCCGGCAAUGUCGAAGAGAGCGUUGACGAGCUCGUACCCCCCUCUGCCCGAGCUGGAUUGCAGAUGGUCAGCAAGGUUGAUGGACAAGGAGCAUCUAAGAAUGCGCUGGAUGGCCUCGACAGUUGGAGAGAUACCCUCGGUCUGGUGCUGAGUAACCGCAGUUCAGAAGACUACCAGGCGCUAUUAGCUCUUGGCAGGCUCUUACAGUCGUAUGGCCGGACCGAGGCUGCGCACAUUUGCUUCAUCUUCUCCAGAGCUGCUGUGUUCGGCGGGGUGGAUGACCCGCAGGCAAGCGUCGUCCUCCUUGGCGCUGAUCAUCAGCACUUGUCUCUCGCUGCUCUACAGGAUGAGGACUCUAUUCUUCUGACCGAAGCUUAUGAGUACGCCACCUCUGUUCUUUCGGCUUCUCCUAAGCCGACGCUUCCCCAUCUGCUUGCUUUCAAGUUGGUGUAUGCGUGGUCUUUGGCGGAUCAAGGCCGCAAAUCGGAAGCUCAGCAAUACUGUGAUGCGAUUGCAGCUACCCUGAAGGCAACCACUAAGCCAUCGCCCUAUCACCAUCAGCACCUGUACUUCGGUGUUGACGAGCUUUCCGCACGUCUCAGACAAACAACAAGCGACGGAGGCUCAUCCUGGAUAUCCAGACCCAGCAUGGAGAAGGUCUCUGGCUCAAUGUGGGCUAAGUUCAACAGUUUUGUUGCCGGCGAGGACAACGAAGCUGGGUCUGCCGGUUCAGCAAAGGCUGGCGAUGGAGACAUCGGCCCCUUUGCCAAGAUCGCAGGUACCCCUACUGUUAGUCGCUCGCCAUCGGUGUCGGAUAUCUACGGGUCGUACUCUGCGCAGCCGAGCUACAGUAGUGGCCCGUCACGUUACCAGCCAAAUAACCAGUAUGCUCCAACUUCUUCGCCUGAACAGUUGCGUGGCAGAUCGUCUCUCGACUCUCAAAGAUCUUCUUCCUAUGGGUUUGGUUUGGCCCAGCGACGCGGCUCGCAGGAACCUUCCACUCCGGUUGAGAGCAACAUGUACCAAGGAGGAAUGCUGUACAACUCCCCGCCGGCUGUUGGUUAUCAGUCGACCCCUCCUCAAACGUCUUACAUGCCUCUUGCACCCGUCAAGGAAGACCUGGCUCCUCAAGCUCAUGCCGAAGCCUCGACUGGUUCUGUAGAACAGUCUUACGGCAGCGGAUCUCCGUAUCAGCCCGCAGGUUAUGGCUCUUUUGACCAGCCAUUCAUGAACCCGGCUCCUUCAGACGGGGGUGGCUAUAUGCCUCCAGGUGUGAGCAGCGGUUAUGAGCCUCCUGCCAUUGAAAGCCACUCAGAACCUGCAGCGGCACCAUCGGAAGAAGUCAACGAAGAAGCGCCGGCGAAGAAGAAGUCCUUUAUGGAUGAUGAUGACGAUGAUGAUAUCGCCGCGCGUGCCGCAGCCGUUCAGAAGGCUGAAAAGGCACGCAAGGAUCGCGAAGCGGAUGAAGCUUUCAGAAAGGCUGCAGAAGCGGAUGCCCAAAAACCUGCACCCGCUAAGAAGUCUUGGUUCGGAGGCUGGUUCGGAGGUGCUGGUGGUGGCAAGAAGGAAGACCUGAACCCCAACAAGCCUAUCCGAGCCAAGCUCGGUGAGGAGAACUCAUUCUACUACGACAAGGAUCUAAAGAAAUGGGUCAACAAGAAGGACCCCAACAGCGCUACCGCUGCGCGCGCUACCCCGCCGCCGCCGCGUGCUUCAGGACCUCCUAGUAGAACGGCCAGCGGUAGCAGUGCAGCACCACCACCUGCGGCCAGUGCAUCCCCAAUGAUGCCGCCUCCCAGUAGUCGGCCGCCUUCUACUACAGGAAUGCCUCCUCCUCCGGGCAGUCCAGCUCUGUCUUCUCUGGGUGUAACCCCACCUUCAAUCCAACGGUCCGUCUCUACUGGUGCCGCUGUUUCCACGCCUCCAAGCGGAUUAGCAGCACCCCCAAGGCCAGCAACUUCCCUUAGCAAUGCCAGCUCCAUCGAUGACCUGCUUGGAGCACCAACGGCUCGCAAGGGCGCAGCCGCCAAAGGAAAGAAGAAGGGGCGCUAUGUCGACGUAAUGGCAAAAUAA